AUGUCAUCAGAGCUCGAAUUAUUGAAACAGCGAGUUACUACACUUGAGGCUGAAAACACUAAAUUAAAACAAAUUAUAGAAGAAAUUGCUAACCUUAGGAUCGAAAAUACCAAAGUAAAACAAAUUAUAAAGCAAAAUCGAACUGUUAAUGAUACUUCACAGUCUUCAGUUUCUCUGACAUUAUCAGUAACUCCACAGAAGCCUAUUCCAUUGUCUAUUAAUGACCACUCCAGCAAGGAUGAUAUCACCAACUCUGUGAAUCUAGAACAGGCACAAAGGGAUACCACUGAGAAAUUUGUUUCUUCCAAAAUAAACUCUAAUAAUACCCCAAAACAGAUAGAAAACACAUCUGAUAGCAAAUCCGAUUCUGACUUAUACCAACCAGAGAUCAAAUCGUUGGAAGAUAAAGAGAUCGAUGAUUUUGUGGAUUCGAAAGUUAAAGAAAGGGUUGGUAAUGAGAUAAGAGAUAGAAAUAGAGAAAAAAAGCUUCAGCACGAAUCAGCUGGAAAGCAAGCCCAAGACUUAUCGCAAUUUCAUGAAAUUACAUUCAGAGAUAUGGAGUCACAAUCCCAAGUCAAUCAUAAUGCAAAAACCGUUCCCUCAGGGAACGAUCAAAGUCAUGUAGUUUUAACUGAGUCACCUUCGUUGCAAACUGAAGUGUCUGAAUUAGAACAGGACGAUGAAAUUGAUAAAAAACCAAAUCGUUGA